CUGGAUGCAGGAAUCAUCCGUCGUCACUGUUGCCUCUCGAGAUUCUCCGAGAUUCCAAAACGUCGGCAUGUUGUUCUGAGAUCGAACAGGAGGCUACGGAUCUCGAUCCGAAUGCGGCUCUUGGCAUUCAUUCAGAUCACCUUCAUACGAUGUAUUAUCACGGGGUUUGUUUGUUCUCUUCAUCGCUGCAAACACCGUGCUGGGUUAUAUAAAUCAAUUCUCUUCACUUCCCCGCGAUGUUCCCCCAUCCCAUCUCAGUGUUCUUCUACGGACUUUGGCUUCCGGCAGUGGCGGGCGGCUCGAGUCCGAAACUCCCCGCACUGGACACUGGAAAACCACUGCCGGUUUUCUCACCUCCUAGCGGCCAGCAAACUGCAUUGAAUCAUACAAAGUCUUCCAUCAUGGCUGAUCCAAGUUCGGUCGAGCGAGCCUUUCGCACCGCGAUCCCUCCGUUAAAGAAAUCCCCCUUCAAAACAGGAUGGCGUUGAUUCAAGCCAUACCAGCUGCUGCGCACCUGGGCAUGGCCGCCUACGUGGGCAUCAUUGCUAUAAUAUCGACCACGAGAUGGGCGGCUUACAGGGUCAUCUACAACCUAUAUUGUCACCCUCUUGCGCGCUUCCCUGGCCCGUUCCUCGCCAAAGUGUCUCCCUUCCCCAACGUCACCGCCCUCCUUCGCGGCCGCAUCCCCUUCUGGAUCAAGGCCCAGCACGACCGCUACGGGCCCAUCGUGCGGGUCUCCCCCAACGAGCUCUCCUUCGACAACGAAGCGGCCUGGAAGGACAUAUACGGCAGCCGGCCAGGGCACAAGAACUUCCACAAGGACCCCAUCCACGUCGGCAGCAUCCAGGCCGUUCCCGGCGUGUCGACCAUCACCAUGGCCAACGACGCCGACCACGCCCGCCAGCGUCGCGCCCUCUCUCACGCCUUCUCCACCAAAGCGCUCCUGGAGCAAGAGUACAUCGUCAAGUCGUACAUCGACGUCUUUUCGCUGAAGAUGCGGGAGUUUGCGAAGAGCGGUGCCCCCGUCAACCUGGUCGACUGGUUCGCGUACACGACGUUCGAUAUCAUUGGCGAUAUGGCUCUGGGCGAGCCGUUUGGCUGUUUGACGAAUGAGGACUUUCGAUUCUGGGUCCCCCUGAUCAGCGAGUCUAUCAAGGCUGGCGCUUUUGAGCAGGCCACCCGUCGCCUGGCCGAGGCCAAUGGUCGCAUGCAGAAACUCCUUCUCAAGCUAAUCCCGGACCGCAUCCGCAGGACGCGGAUUCAGCAUCUCGAGUAUAGCAAGCAGAAGAUUCUCAAGCGCAUGGCCGAAUCCAAUUCUGAUCACAAAGACUUCCUCUACUACCUCAUGCAACAAUCCGACAAGGGCUCCAUCAACCAGGACGAGGUCAUUGUCAACGGGGCUCUGUUCAUUAUUGCUGGCACCGAGACAACCGCAGGCUUCCUGGCCGGGCUCUUCAAUCAGCUCCUGCGCAACCGUCGCGUCCUCGACAAGCUCACUGCCGAAAUCCGCUCCUCUUUCGCCAAGGAUGAGGACCUCAACUUUGAAGACCUCAGCAAACUCCCCUACCUUGGCGCCGUCAUUGACGAAGGGCUACGGAUUUUCCCUAGUGCCCCUAUUGGGUUUGUUCGGACCGUCCCAGCUGGAGGGGAUACCGUUGACGGGGAGUUCAUUCCCGGUGGGACAACCGUCUCGGUACCCAUGUGGGGUGCCACACAUAGCGAACGCAACUUUCGCGAGCCCUACCGCUUCAUCCCAGAGCGUUGGCAGGACAAGGAAAACAGUGCCGAUAAAUUCGGUGCCUCCAACGCCUUCUCCCUGGGGUCACGGGGCUGUAUCGGCCGCAACUUGUCUUACAUGGAAAUGCGCCUCAUAAUCGGCAAGCUGCUGUGGCACAACGACAUUGAGUUUCACGGAAACAAUGACGCCUGGGACCCUGAUAGGGACUAUCCUGGGUUGACGGUAUACAAUAAUUGGAUGAAGCCCGGGCUUUAUGCCAAGCUGACUCCUCGUAAGAACUGAGGAGGUGGUUUGAUGGAGUCUUGCUGCAAGCCUUUGUACCCAGGGGACACGAGGAACCGCCUCCGUCCGAAACGCGAGUUGCGAAGGCCAAAAGCCACCACCGCUAUAAGGGCUCUGAAGCUGCCUGCCGUUUACAAUUUCCUGCAUAGGGGGCCUGUUGUUGACUUUUCUACUUUGAGUAUCACCUCUCUUGUAAUC